GAACUGCUCAAGCGGAACACGCUGGAGGACCUGCUGCUAGACUUAACUUUGCAGGAACAGAUCGUCGGCCUCACCGCCAGAACGAAAAUGGUCAUCGCCAGCAAGGAUCCGAAGGACGACUUGCUGAACCAGGAAGAGAAAAAUGAUGUCAAUGGCUGUGCAAAAAGCACGAAUUCUACGAAAAGCAAAGGACAAGAACCUUCUUUCGAGUUUUCCGCGAAAUCGUACCCCCGGGAGAUUUUGAAUUUCGGCCACACCAUCGGGCACGCGGUGGAGGCGGAAUCCGGGAUCGGGCACGGGCACUGCGUCAGCAUCGGGAUGGUGGCAGAGAUGAUUGACCUACCAGACGACAUUCGGCUGGAGGUGGAAAACACCAUGUCGCAGUACUCCAUGAUGACCAAGCUGCCGCACCACUUGUCCACAGACAACAUGCUCAAGUACCUCCUGAACGACAAGAAAAUGGGCCGUCUUGUCACGAUCGAGAGGAUCGGUCUGCCCCGGAUUUUCACGCCGACCCCACAGGAGCUGAAACUGAUGAUGACGCACCAGCGCGGGCUGCUGUUGGCGGAUGAACAAAAAAAAGCAACGAGCAAAAAUAACGACGUGGUGGAAAUCGACAUACCGGCGUCCAAGUCCAUUACCAAUCGAGCGAUCCUGCUCGCCGCUAUGUGCGAGCCAGAUACAACGCAGGAAGUAAUAGAAGGAGUCCAUGGACGAGGUGGUUUUAGCCACGCGACCUCGAAAGUAGUAGACAACUUCAUCACGUUGGAAAACGUGCUCUUUGCCGAGGACACACUGCUACUGCUGCGGGCCCUGGAGCAGCUGGGUGUGGCCGUCAGCGCGGACCGCGAGAAGAGACAGGUAGUGAUUGAAAAGGUCGGGCUGAAAUUCGGCAGCAACUUGAUGACCAAAAGCGCUGCGGCCGGGCUACUAAACAUUCCAAGCGCACCAGCACCGAGUACAACCUCAACCUCCGGCACUGACGCCACUUGCUCGGUGGACGGAGCGGCCAGCAGUCUAUCGUCCUCCACGGGCGGGGAAGCUCCUAGCACGAGCAGCGAAAGCAAACAGAAGGAGCUGUCCGCAGCGUCGUCCUCGUCCUCGCGGACCACCCUGUACCUCGGGAAUUCCGGCACCUGCGUGCGUUUUCUGUCCGGCAUCCUCGGGCUCCACGCCACGGCCGAUAUCGUGCUGGAGGGCGUGGCCCGGAUGAAGGUGCGACCGAUUCAACCGUUGGUGGACGCACUGGCGCCCUUCGUUGCCGUGGAGCGGCUGGACGCCAAUCUCAACACGUUCAAAGUCGUGAUCAAGGGACAGACCGGACGGAAGAAGAAGAACGACGUAAGUAGAACUAGCGCCGGCGGCAGUCGUGGCAUGCAAGCAGGCGAUGCAAAUAACAAUAAAGAUGGCAUAGCAGCUUUAUCUUCUAAAACUACG